UUUCCUCUCGGCUCCCGCCCCGCUCCGCCAUCAUGAAGUCUUGAACAAAAACGGAUGAGAGCCGAGCAAAAUGGGGAUAACACGAACUGAAGAUGAAACCCGCUCACAACAUUAACAAAAUGACAUUACAGAGCGGAAAGCGGAGUGGAACGGCGGAUUUUAAUGAAUCUGUUUCACGCUGAAAACGUUUCAGCCAGCUCCUGGCGUUACGUUAUUUAGUUAGCAGUUUUGCUAACAGCAGCCAGGGCUAGCCUCUGAUUUUCCCUGACAGACAGCUCUGCUUUUCGCUGGCUGGCUAGGUUAGCUGGCAGACGUCAGUCAGCUAGCUGUCAGUCUGACCGACUGGCUCUUUACUCAUGUCAAGUAGCAAAUCGUGUUAGCUGUCCAUUUGACGGGGAGCAUCAGGAUGGCGAGGAGUUUCAGUCAAACCAUCGGCAGACAGAAUGUGGUUCGUUCGUGGUGAAUAGACACCAAAGCCGAGGAAAGGGGAGUAAGACCAAUAUUUUCCAGCCAGGCCAGUUAGCUAGCUCCAGAGCUAGCUACAGUGGAUCCCAAAAGCCACGGCGCUGGCCAUGCCAUCGAGUGUGCGGGCCGGGAGCCUGAAGGACCCGGAGGUGGCUGAGCUGUUCUGCAGGGAAGAUCCCGAGAAGCUCUUCACAGACCUGAGAGAGAUCGGUCAUGGGAGCUUCGGAGCAGUCUACUUCGCCCAUGACAUCCGCACAAAUGAGGUGGUGGCAAUCAAGAAGAUGUCCUAUAGUGGCAAACAGUCCAAUGAGAAAUGGCAGGAUAUCAUCAAGGAAGUUAAGUUCCUCCAGAAACUGCGCCACCCCAACACUGUUGAGUACCGUGGCUGCUACCUUAGAGAGCACACAGCCUGGCUGGUGAUGGAGUAUUGCUUAGGUUCAGCCUCUGACCUCCUAGAAGUCCACAAGAAACCUCUUCAGGAAGUUGAAAUUGCUGCCAUAACCCAUGGUGCUUUGCAGGGAUUGGUGUAUCUUCAUUCUCACAACAUGAUUCACAGGGAUGUGAAAGCAGGAAACAUCUUGCUAACCGAACCAGGACAGGUCAAACUGGGAGACUUUGGCUCUGCCUCUAUAGUUGCUCCAGCCAACUCCUUUGUGGGAACACCUUACUGGAUGGCCCCUGAAGUGAUCCUGGCCAUGGACGAGGGGCAGUAUGAUGGGAAGGUGGAUGUGUGGUCACUUGGCAUUACCUGCAUAGAGCUGGCGGAAAGGAAGCCUCCUCUGUUCAACAUGAAUGCUAUGAGUGCCUUAUAUCACAUCGCCCAGAAUGAGAGCCCUGUGCUGCAGUCUAAUCACUGGUCGGACUUUUUCCGCAAUUUUGUGGACUCUUGUUUGCAGAAGAUUGCCCAGGACAGACCUACCUCUGAUGUGUUGCUCAAGCAUCAUUUCCUAUGCAGAGAGCGUCCCAUGACUGUUGUGAUGGAUCUGAUAGCACGCACCAAGGAUGCUGUAAGGGAGCUAGACAACCUUCAGUACCGGAAGAUGAAGAAAAUUCUAUUUCAUGAGGCACACAAUGGUCCAGCACCAGAAGGAGGCGAUGAGGAAGAGGAUGAGCAGUAUACGUUGCGCACCGGCACAGUCAACAGCAUGGAGAGCUCCCACUCUCUGCCAUCCAUGUCAAUCAGCGCCAGCUCGCAGAGCAGCUCAGUCAACAGCCUGGCAGACGGCUCUGAUGACAGCGGGGAGAUGGCCAUGAUGCAGGAGGGAGAGCACACUGUCACCUCUAACAGCUCUGUCCUACACAAACCCCUGAGCCAUGACAAUAUCUACGAUGAUCCCUACCAGCCAGAGGUUGACUCACAGCGAGAGGCUUCAUCUGGUGGUGGAGGGGGAGGUGGUAGACGUCGGCGUGGCCGAGACCACUUUGCUACCAUCAGGACUGCCUCCCUGGUCACCCGUCAGAUCCAGGAACAUGAGCAGGGUUCGGCCCUUAGAGAGCAAAUGUCUGGGUACAAGCGAAUGCGGCGGCAGCACCAGAAGCAGCUGAUGGGUCUGGAGAACAAGCUGAAGGCAGAAAUGGACGAGCACCAGCUGAGACUGGACAAAGAGCUGGAGAGUCAGAGGAACAACUUCUCAAUGGAAGGAGAAAAAGUGUCCAAGAAGCACCAGGCUAUCCUGGAGAAGGAGGCGAAGGCCGUUCUGACUGAGGAGAAGAAGUUCCAGCAGCACAUACUGACUCAGCAAAAGAAGGAGUUGACCAGUCUGCUAGAGUCCCAAAAACGGCAGUAUCGUCAACGCAAGGAGCAACUCAAGGAGGAACUGAAUGAGAACCAGUCAACACCAAAGCGGGAGAAACAGGAGUGGUUGGUGCACCAGAAGGAGUGUCUGCAGCAGCUGCAGGCGGAGGAAGAGGCAGGCCUGCUGCGGCGCCAGAGGCAGUAUUAUGAGGUACAGUGUCGUCAAUACAAGAGGAAGAUGCUGCUUGCACGGCACAACCUGGAGCAGGAUCUUCUCAGAGAGGAUCUGAACAAAAAGCAGACUUUGAAGGACUUGGAGUGUGCCAUGCUGCUACGUCACCAUGAGUCUACCCAGGAGCUGGAGUUCCGCCAGCUGGGUUUGGUGCAGCGUACACGGGCUGAUCUGAUCCGCACGCAGCACCAGACAGAACUCACCAACCAGAUGGAGUAUAACAAGAGGCGCGAGCAAGAGCUGCGUCAAAAACACGCCAUGGAGGUCCGCCAGCAGCCCAAGAGCCUCAAAUCCAAAGAGCUUCAGAUCAAGCGUCAGUUCCAGGACACCUGUAAGAUCCAAACCCGUCAGUACAAGGCGCUGCGCAACCAUCUACUGGAGAACACGCCCAAGUCGGACCACAAAGCCGUGCUGAAGCGGCUGAAGGAUGAGCAGACUCGUAAGCUGGCCAUUCUGGCCGAGCAGUAUGACCACUCCAUCAAUGACAUGCUGUCCACACAGGCUCUGCGAUUGGAUGAGACUCAGGAAGCCGAGUACAAGGUGUUGCGGAUGCAGCUGCAGCAGGAGUUGGAGCUGCUUAACGCCUACCAGAGCAAGAUCAAGAUCCACACUGACACGCAGCACGAGAGGGAGGUUAAGGACCUGGAGCAGAGGGUGUCCAUCCGCCGGGCCCUGCUGGAGCAGAGGAUCGAGGAGGAGAUGGUGUCCCUGCAGAAUGAACGAUCAGAACGCAUUCGCACCCUCUUGGAGAGGCAGGCCAGUGAGAUUGAGUCCUUCGACUCUGAGAGCCUCCGUCUGGGUUUCAGCAACAUGGCACUGUCAGGUAUCCCCAGUGAAGCCUACCCCAAGCAGGGCUACUCCAACGCUCCACCCUCCAGCUCCCGCUCUGCUGGCCACUGGAGCCACGGCGUGCACCAACAGAACACACCCUCCCAGCAGCUCUCCCGUCGCAGCCACAACAGCAGCAGCAGUGGUAUCGGAAGCGGGGCAAGCGACCGCAGAAGCGAGUCCUCCUCUUCCUCCCACGGUUUGGGAAUGGCCCUUGGGCAUGGGCGGGAUGGCAGGGAAGUGCACCAUUCAUCCCGCUCCUCUGCCUCCUCUUCCUCCUCCUCUUCCUCUUCGUCUUCCUCCCAUCACCAGCGCCACCACCUGCCCCAGCACUACCACCACCAGAGCACACCACAGCUCUACCGCGAGCGGGAGAGGGAUCGAGACAGGGAGAGGGAGAAGGAGAGGGAGCGGGAGUGGGCUGGAGUGCGAGGCUCUGGCGGCGACCUGGCCCACCCACACCCCCUGCCCUUCUCCCAUCACCUCCCCUCACGUUCUUCCUCUCAGUCCCUGGCCAUGUUGCCUCCCCCACCACCCGCUCCUCCCUCCAUCUCUGGCCCAUCAUCCUCUUCCUCCUCCUCAUCCUCCUCACAGGGGGGGAUAUAUGGAGGCGGCGGGCUUGCCGUGCGUGGUACACCCAACCUGAUGGCCCUGAGGAACAGCCCCCAGCCUUUGAGGAGGACGGCAUCUGGCGGGGGGCCUGGGGGCUCUGGGGGCAGCGACGGUGUCCUGAGCCGAAGCACCUCAGUUACUUCCCACAUCGCCAACGGUUCCCACCUCUCCUACUCUUAGAGAGCAGGAGCAUCCAUGGUGGUAGCAGCAAGAAGAGUGGGAUUCAUUUGGAAAGGUAGCUAUCACAGGUUGCAUCUCAAUACUCUCAGCUUGCCACCUUUCUUUCCUUCCUGAACAGAUUCAGCUCCUAAGAUGCCGACGAUUUAAGGGAGAUCCUUUUCUCUUUAAACAGCAAAGAAAGUGCAAACUGACAUUACUGAGCUGCACCCUGCCUCUUUAGACUCAGGGUGGGUAGAGAGGGUUUUUUUUUCUCCCAUUCUCACAGGAAAGAGGAGGGGAGGGAUGUGGACACCUGUAUUACCACCAGAUAAAGGUGAUAUUAGAUUUUAAAAAAGAGGAUGUUUCUGUUCAAUGUUUUUAUCUUUGUUACAGCCUGUAUAAUUGUGUGCUAGGAUGUGUGAACGGGGAAAAUGUUUAGCCUUUAAUUCCUCACAGGGCUGCAGAGAGAGAGAGGGGGGACAGCAGCCAUGUCUUCUUCUAUGAUGUUCUUUGGAAUGGAGAAAGAGAGAGGACAUGGGAGGAAAAAAAAGGAAGGUGAUGUAAUGUUGCAUCGUGUAUGUAUCUAGUCUGUAGUGUCCAAAUAUUAUCUAGCAAGCAAUCGUAUUGGACUCUAGAGAGAAAAAGAGGAUAAUUAAAAAAAAAAAAAAAAAAAAAAAAGAUGGUUUACUUUAACUUCCAGUCUGCUGGAGUUUUGAAAACACUUUUAUUGAUUUAAAACUGCUGUUUUCUUUUUUGUAUUAAGUGUGUAAACACAACAAAAACAAAAGAAAAACCCACAAAAACAACUAAAUCAAGUUGCUUUGAACGUCACCAAUGCCUUUAAGCUGUUCUUAAAGGGAUGUGCAUCAAAUUUUUAUUUGAUGACUGUAGGAGGAUUUCAAACUGAAUACAAAUACACAGAAUGUUUGUAAAGUCAAUAGACUCAUCUAAAAAGACAGCGAGGAUGAGGAAAAAUAUUUCUGUCGACAUGUACAAAUACAUUUAAAAAAAAAACUUUCUGGCAUUCAUGACAUAUUGAGUAUCUAAACAACAUCUGUGUCUACAGGAGUCACUGCAAUGCAUGAGAUAGAUGUACAAAAAAAGGAACAUUUGUAAACAUGAUCAAGCAUAUUUGAAAUGUAACGUACCUGUCUAAGUUUCACUGGCAUUUAAGAUCACUUGUCCCACAUUUUUGAUCUUUACUGUACAUAUUUAUGGGAAUAUGAAAAACAAAAACAAAGAAUUUGCUUUUAUAGAGUAACAAAGACGAUGAUAGUAAUUUUGAUAUAUUCAAAUGAGUAUUGAAUUCAAGAUUUAGAGCAACAACUUCAACUGCAUUUUCUAUAGGUGUCAAUAUUACCAUAUCUAAUCCUGGUGUAAUUGUUGUUGUAAUCAUGUUCACAUUUUUCUUGCGAGAAGCAAAAGGGCCCACUUUUACUGUAAGAAAAUUAAGGAAAAAAAUGGAAAAACAAACAGAAACAAAUCUGAUAAAAAAAAAAAAAAAACUGUUGCAAUGUCAGGUGUGGUGUGUCCUCAAGAUAUUAACGAUUAUUAAUGAGGGAUUAUUAAUAAUUGUUAAUGAUUUAUGUAUGUGUGUUGAGCAGUAAAGUCUACUUAUAUUGACACUUUUUAAGACAACAAACAGAAUUUUAAAAAACACUCCUGCAGCAACAGCCACACACCACUGCUCACAUGAACUCUGACCUCCUCCUCUGGACUCUCAAUUUAAAAAAAAAAAUCAAAGAGCGAAAAAAAGGCCACUGGAAUGUAAAUGCUGGUUUUCCUUUGUAUUUAUUUGUUUGUGAGUUCAGGAUUAAAUUAAUAAUCUGACUGCCGAAGUAUGCAGUAUGCAGGCAGUGGAAGAAGGUGGAAGAGUGCAGCAGUAGGAGCAGAAGAAGAAGAAGAAGAAGAAGAAGAAGGAAAGGGACGGGCCUCGACUGAGCAGCUGGGAACGUGCCCCCUCUUGUGCCGGCUCAGCAGCAGUGACCGCAGCAGCCCGUCCGCACCAAUCAGUGUUCGAUAAAGUUUCUGAGGCCCAAAGGUUUAAUCUCCGCUCUUGUGGGCUGCCAUUAAGUUGAAGGAGAUCAGAAUAACAGGACUUUUUUUGUUGCUGUUUUUUUUUUUUUUUAAGAUUAUUAUUUAAAUUAAAAAGAAAAAAAGAUAAUCACCCUGCUGUUUGUAUGACUCAGAAACACCAGCUCAAGACAAUUCCCUGUAUAACUUACUACUUUAUGCUUGGUUGGAAUCUCAGUGCAUGCAUAAACUCCUUGUAUAAACGAAGACUGGCAGGUUUGGGACAGCCUUCCUUGUGUGGAAAUCAGUGUGGUUGUGUUUUUAGACUGGUUGACAUCAGUGUCUGAACAGGAAGUCACCGUUUCUGCAUCACAUCUGGAUGAAGCGUUAUGGAUGAGGAUGUAACGCAUAUUUUGUUGAGAUUUGGGGGAGGGGGUUGUGUUGACAUGCCUAUUAGACAUUCACAUCAAGAAGUUCCAAGCUUGCAGAGGGGAAGGAAGAAGGGUUAAUACUUGUGUUGGAAAAGAAAUGGGGUGUUUUAAAAAGUCAUUUAAAAAGAUAAUAAAUUGAUAUUAACACAUUAA